AUAUUAUUAAUUUCUUCAAUAACUAUUAUUAUUUUUAUUAUUACUAUUGUUGUAAUAAUAUUAGCUACUUUAUUAUCAAAAAAAACUUUAUUAGACCGAGAAAAAUGUUCUCCAUUUGAAUGUGGAUUUGACCCAAUAAAUUCAUCACGAUUACCUUUUUCUUUACGGUUUUUUUUAAUUGCAAUUAUUUUUUUAAUUUUUGACGUAGAAAUUGCAUUAUUAUUACCAAUAAUUAUAAUCAUUAAAUCUUCUAAUUUAAUAAAUUGAUCAAUUACAAGAUUAUUUUUUAUUUUUAUUUUAUUAAUUGGGCUUUACCACGAAUGAAACCAAGGAGCCUUAGAAUGAAAUAAUUAA